AUGAUCACCGGCAUCACCGCGCCGUCACCCGCGUCCGGUCUCGCGUCGCGCCGGGGGACCUUCGCGGGCGGCGGCGGCGGCGGCGGCGGCGGCGUGGGGCGCGGUCCCCUGUCCCGCGUCGCGAUCUCCGUCCGACGAUCCCCGUCUUCGCUUCGCGUCGCCGCGGGAGCCCGCGCCGAGCCCGGCAGCGUGCGGGAGUGGAUCGAGCGCAACCUCGACGCGGGCGCGGUGACCGACGUCAGCCGCGGCGGCAGCAGCGGCUGGGCGGAGUUCUCCACCUACACAACCGAGUCCGGCAAGAGGUUCUUCGUGAAGACGUCGCGGAGAGAUCCGUCGAUGUUCAUCGGGGAGGGCGCGGGCCUCAACGCCAUGUUCGAGACGAACACGCUCGCCAUCCCGCGGGUGUACUACGCGGGCGCCACCCCCGAGGGCAGCAGGGAGGGCAACUCGUUCAUCGUCAUGGAUCACCUCAACUUCGGAGGCAGGGGCGAUCAGGCCGAGUUUGGCCGACAGCUCGCGCUCAUGCACGCGGCGACGCCGGCGGUGGAGGAGGCGAGGGCUGGCAAGUUCGGGUUCACGGUGGACAACACGUGCGGCGACACCCCGCAACCCAACGGGUGGAUGGACGACUGGGUGCAGUUUUACCUCGAGCGUCGCAUCAGGCACCAGCUCCGUCUGGCGAGGGACUCGACGUUGACGGAGCUCGGCGAGAAGGUUUGCGAACGCGCGCCGCUUUGGUUCGAGCCCUGCGGGGCGAUCAAACCGUCCAUCCUGCACGGCGACCUUUGGAGCGGGAACAUCGGCACCGUGGACGGCAAGCCGAGCGUGUUCGACCCGGCGGUGUACUACGGCCACAGCGAGGCGGAGUUUGGCAUGUCGUGGUGCGCGGGAUUCUCACAGAAAUUCUACGACGCGUAUUUCGAAGUGUUGCCAAAGGUGGAGACACACUUCGAGGAGAGGCGGCAGCUGUACCUGCUCUACCACUACCUCAACCACUACAACCUGUUCGGGGGCGGGUACCGGGGCCAGUGCGUCGGGAUCAUGAAGGGUUUGCUGGCUUGA